AUGGCAAACGUGAAAAAAUGGAGCGAUGCGACAACAGCUGCUGAAUUGACAAAAUCGAGCAAUCCGCUUGCCAAGCUUAUUGCUAUUGACAAAGGCGACAUCACCAAGUUGGAAAUUGAUGCUAUCGUUAACGCUGCUAACAGCUCACUUCUGGGUGGUGGCGGUGUUGAUGGAGCUAUUCACCGUGCGGCAGGUCGACGUCUGUAUGAUGAAUGUAAGAAAUUGAAAGGUUGCAAAGUUGGAGAGGCUAAAAUAACAGGAGCUUAUGACAUGAAGCAUAUUAAACAUGUAAUACAUACAGUGGGGCCCCAAGUUCACUCUAAAGUUACCGAAGAACAGCGGAAUCUGUUGAAAUCUUGCUACAUUGAAUCCCUCAAUAUUGCCAUUGCAAAUAAUUUGAGGACUAUUAAUGGGAAACUUCAGGCAUUCCCAUGUAUUUCGACAGGCGUAUAUGGUUAUCCAAAUGAUGAUGCGUGUAACGUUGUUGUCACUUCGGUUUUAGCAUGGUUGCACGAAAAUAAAGACAGAGUAAGACAGGACUAUACGGUGACAUUAUUUUUAAUGGCAGAUCAAAUUGUUAAUUUGAAUGUUGGUGGGCAGAGGUUUGCAACUUCACGGCAGACAUUGACAUGGAUACCGGAUACAUUCUUUACAAGCUUGUUGAGUGGACGAAUUCCUACUGUACACGAUGAAACAAAUGCGGUCUUUAUUGAUCGAGAUCCAGGAAUGUUUCGAGUAAUUUUAAAUUAUCUGCGGACGAAGCAAAUUGACUUAAACGGAGUGAGUUUGAUGAAUUUAAAACAUGAAGCACAAUAUUAUGGUUUGGGACCUCUAGUGAAACGGUUAACUUUGUGUGAAGAAUUAGACGAAUGUGCUUGUGGCGAUAUACUUUUUAAUGCCUACUUACCUCCGCCUGCAUUACCCUUAAACGAAGGUUAUUCAUCAUCAUCACCAAGUUCUACAAGAAACAACCGGAAUAUGCCCAACACGUCAUCUAAUUCACGUGGCUUAGUUUCGGUUCCCUUUCCUUCUCUUCAUUCUCGCAAUUUAAGUGAACAUGCAGCGACUGCAGUUGAAAUGGCAUUCAGUAGUUCUUCAUUUAAAGCAUCACAACAGCCACGUUUGCUUCCAAGCAUGGAAGCUAAAUUUCAGGUGCCACAUGCUGUGGAAGUACUGGUCAACAAGACUGUAAAAGGCAACCCAAGUUUGCCAGUGAGGCAGCUACCAUCUGCUGAAAGUCAUGCGUCGUUUGCAAGUGAAGAAAAAUCGGACACAGCAAGCUUAUCAGUGGAAAGUAGCAGCACGUCAGGGACUAUGCUACAACAUUUUGCUUCACAUCUCCCAACAGUUAGCUCGGAUUUUAUGCUGAAAGGUGAGUUGUCAUUACUGAUGCGUUACUCUGCGCGAUUGUCUGAUCAAUUAUCAGAACCGUUACGAGUUCGAGUGAUUAGAGCACAUUAUAAUGCGGUUGCUGUUGGCUAUGCAAAUUUUGUGUGUUGUUAUAGAAUGAAAGAAAGUUUGGGUUGGCAACAGCUGUAUAUAUCGCCACAUAUGGAUGCUGUUGUUCGUCACGUAGCCUUGUAUGCAAAAUUUGGAGAAAAAAUGUUGGCUGUUUCAUUAGCUAAUAAUACUAUACAUCUGUGGAAUAUUUCCGAAGGAGAUGCGAAUUUUGGAACCAAAAUUGGAACAUUCACUCUGUUGGUUGCUGUUGAUAAGUUGUUCUUUAUCGGGAGCCAGUUGGUAGCACUGAGUAAGAUUGGCAAAGUUGGAAUCUGGCAUUCAAUGACACAUAAUUGGCAAGUUCAAGAUGUCGUCGCCAUAUCGUGUUAUGAUACAGCCGGGUCAUUUUUGCUCCUUGGGUGCACUAAUGGAUCCAUAUAUUAUAUCGAUAUGCAGAAAUUUCCUUUACGUAUGAAAGAUAACGAUUUGCUGAUUACGGAACUUUAUCGAGAUCCAAACGCCGAUGUUAUCACUGCUAUAAGUGUUUAUCUGACGCCGAAAACAAAUCUCCGUGGAAAUUGGAUUGAAAUUGCUUAUGGAACUUCAAGUGGUAGCGUUCGAGUGAUUGUGCAACAUCCAGAAACAGUCGGUCAUGGUCCACAGUUGUUCCAAACUUAUACCGUCCAUACAUCUCCAGUUACACGAGUUGCUCUUACAACCAACCAUCUUAUCAGCGUAUGCAGUGAAUAUAAUCAUGUGCGUUCCUGGAGUGUAACGCGUUUUCGUGGCAUGAUUUCGACGCAACCAGGGAGUAUAUCUUUAGCAUCUUUCAAGGUAGUUACUCUCGACAGCACUGAUGAUAUACUUGAUGCAGACGGAAACGACCCAGGGCCAUUUGGUGAUCAAGAUGGUGAGCAAAUUUUUGUUCAACGAGUUGUACCUGGUAGCAGUCAAGUUUUUGUAAGAUUAGCGUCGAACGGCGACAGGCUUUGUACCAUUCGAACCGUUGGUGACUCGGCAAUAACUGCAUUCCUGGUGCAUGAAUGUGAAGGUUCACGCGUAAAUUCAAGACCGAGGAGAUUUUUGUUCACUGGAACUUCCAAUGGUUCCGUACAAAUGUGGGACUUAACGACAGCUCUGGAUCAGUACCAUGCUAAUUUAUCAUUUCCAAAUCUUUCUCUAGGUAAUCAGGCAAGUGCAACUGAGAAAACAGCUGGUACUGUAUCCACAACUACUACAGCAUCUACUAAUGCGAAUGCUAUGCCAUUUGCAAAUCGAGUUACUGAUACUGUACGGCAGGGACCAACUCCCGACGAACUUCUCCGUUUAAUUGAUGGUUGUGAGAUUUGUUGCGCUAGCCUGAGCACGACACCUUCAGGCACACCACGUGCAUCCUGCGUACAUUUAUCCGAAUUGGAUUGUCAACGCCAGUGCUAG